AUGUCUAUAAUUAUUUACCAAACAUCAGUCAGUCCGCCGGCCAGGUCUGCACUUAUGGUCGUAAACAUUCUCGGUAUCAAAGUGGAAACAAGAGAAGUGAAUUUACCAAGAAGAGAUCACUAUUCGCAGGAAUAUUUAGAGAAGAACCCUCUACAUACAGUACCGAUUCUUGAAGAAGAUGAUCUGGUGAUUGCCGACAGCCACGCUAUCAUAACGUAUUUAGUAUCGAAAUAUGGUGAGGAAAAACACGAAAGCAUGUACCCUAAGGACUUGAAAAUACGAGCGAUAAUCGACCAAAUGCUGUACUUCGAUGCGACCAUUCUAUUCCCCAGAUUGAAAACUGUGAUAUAUAGUGUCGUGAGGGGACAAGGUAUAUCGCGAGAACAAACUGCAGAUAUCCAGGAAGCGUACGAUGUUUUAGAAAUAUAUUUGAGUAAAAACAUUUUUGUGGCUGGCAAUGAAUUCACGGUUGCCGACAUUUCGUGUAUUGCUACUCUAUCGUCGCUAGACUGUGUGUUGCCAGUCGAUAAAAAACACGUAAAUGUUAACAGAUGGUGGGCUACAUUAAACAAAGAAAAAUGGUAUAAAGAAGUUAAUGUACCAGGUCUAGAGUUAUUUAGAAGUUUUAUUAAACAAUUCUUG